AUGCCGCCAAAAAACAAAGGAAAGAAAGGAAAAGCCAACGAUGAUGACUAUUGGGAGACUGCUGGUGUGUCAGCGGAGAACUACAAUGUUAUCGCUGACAAGAUCGGAAAAUCUGAUGAUGAUCGCCUGCCCAUCUCCGAAGCCGCGCAAGCUGAGGAUGAGUUUCCGGAGUCGGACCAAAGGACAAAGAAGAAGAAGAAGAAAGGGAAGAACGAUGAGGAUGUUGCUCCUGACGCCGCCCCGACUCCCGCACCUGCACGUAACGCCACUGUUGUAGCACUUGACGACGAAGAAGACGGUGAAGGAGCAGAUGUUGGGGAGUCGGACCCAAAGAAGAAGAAAAAGAAGAAGAAAGGCAAGAAAGAUGAGGACGCCGCUCCUGCCGCCGCCCCGACUCCGCCACCUCCCGCACCUGCGAAUAACACGACUGCCGCAGCACUCGAGGAUGUAGAAGAUGGUGAUGAAGCAGAAACGGACCCAAAGAAGAAGAAGAAGAAGAAGAAAGGAAAGAAAGAUGAGGAUGUCGCUCCUGCCGUUGCCCCGACUCCUGCACCUGCAAAAAAGGCCAAAGGCGGCCUCGGUGCCUUAAAAGCCAUGAUGGAGGAGAAGAAACGACUGGAAGAGGAGGCGCGAAGAAUAGAGGAGGAGGAACGGAGACCCAAGAAGGAGGGUCGAUACAUGACGAAGAAACAGAAGGAAGAAAAGGCAGCCGCCGAACUUCGUCGGCAGGCCCUCCUUGCAUCUGGUGUUCAGAUUGAAGGGCUGCAACAACAAGCAGGUGUUUCGGCAAAGAAGGUCGUAUCCGGUAAUAGGAAGAAGAAGGGUCCUAUUGCCAAGGAGGCCUCACCUUCGCCUGCUCCUGAGUCGAGACCGGAAACUCCAGAUGUCAUCCUCGAGACUUCCGCCCCUUCCCAUGUCGAGUCCGCUGCUGAAGAUGGGGUCAAGUUGGACGGAGUGAAGGAUGAGUGGGAUGCAAGUAGCGGGGAUGAAUCAGAUGAGAGUCUCGAAUCGGAGGAGAUGCAACCAGAACAACCAGAAAUCCAAACUGGCGUUCAAGUCGACCGGGAUCCACCCGCCACAGCGCCCCAAGCAAAUUUAAGGACAGAAAAGGCAGAUGCAGGGACAGUGCAGGCCAAUGCGAGAUCGGCACAGGCCCAUGCAAGUUCAGCACGUAUACACGCGGCUGCUCCUACGGUGAACAGUAAAGACAAUCUUCGCAGUCCCAUCUGUUGUAUCCUCGGACACGUUGAUACUGGUAAAACUAAACUGUUGGAUAAGAUCCGUCAAACAAAUGUACAAGAAGGCGAAGCAGGCGGUAUUACCCAGCAAAUAGGUGCCACAUACUUCCCAUUAGAUGCCAUAAAGACGAAGACUGCAGACAACUCUCAAGAAUACAAGAUCCCUGGAUUGUUGGUUAUCGAUACACCCGGACACGAAUCUUUCACCAACUUGCGUAGUCGCGGAAGUUCUCUGUGCAACAUCGCGAUCUUGGUGGUAGAUAUCAUGCACGGCCUUGAGCCACAAACCCUGGAAUCGCUAAGGCUAUUGAAAGAUAAAAAAACGCCGUUCAUCGUGGCCCUCAAUAAGGUGUUUGGUUCCAAUUUCUUUUCUCAGAUUGACCGAUUAUACGGAUGGAAAGAAACUCCCGAUGGUGCCUUCCAAGAAUCACUUGCGAAGCAAAAACGAUCUGUGCAACGAGAAUUCGAAGACCGCGUACAAAAGACCAUCCUCGCCUUUGCAGAACAGGGGUUGAACGCAGUCCUGUACUACGAGAACAAGAGUUUUGCCCGCAAUGUUUCUCUGGUACCUACCUCCGCCAUCACCGGGGAGGGCGUUCCCGACAUGAUCAUGCUAUUGGUUAACCUCACCCAACAACGCAUGAGCGAUCGCUUGAUGUACCUCUCAGAGCUGGAGUGUACGGUCCUCGAAGUUAAGGUAGUAGAGGGCUUGGGCACAACGAUUGAUGUUGUUUUGUCCAACGGUAUCCUACGCGAAGGUGACAAAAUAAUUGUGUGCGGUCUCAAUGGCCCGAUUGUUACUCAGUCAGCAUAUGUUCACCACAAAGAAGUCAAGGCGGCACUGGGUGUCAAGCUUGUUGCUCCUGAUCUGGAUAAAGCUGUUGCAGGUUCAAGGCUCCUUGUUGUUGGGCCAGACGAUGACGAGGAGGCUAUGCUCGACGAGGUCAUGUCAGACCUUACCUCGCUUUUAAACUCCGUCGACAAGUCAGGUCGUGGAGUUUGCGUGCAGGCUAGUACGUUAGGAUCUCUCGAAGCGUUACUCGACUUCUUGAAAGUCAGUAAAAUCCCUGUAUCGGGGAUUAAUAUCGGUCCCGUCCACAAGAAAGAUGUCAUGCGCGCUGCCUCAAUGCUAGAGAAGGCCAAGGAGCUUGCAGUUAUUCUUUGUUUCGAUGUACCAGUUGACAAGGAUACAGAGAAGCUCGCUGAGGAAAUGGGCAUCAAAGUGUUCAAAGCUGAUAUCAUCUACCAUCUGUUUGAUGCCUUCACUGCCUACAACAACGAAAUCAUGGAGGCGAAGCGACGAGACGCAGCUCCGCAAGCCGUGUGGCCCUGCAGAUUGAAGACUAUAGCUGCCUUUUGUAAACGUGAUCCCAUUAUCCUGGGAGUUGACAUCUUGGAUGGGACUCUUAGGGUGGGCACUCCGAUUUGUGUCGUCACGGUUGAUCCGACAACGCAGAAGAAAGAGAUCAUUGACCUUGGAAAGGUGACGUCGUUGGAGAUCAAUCACAAAUCAUUCGAUAUUGUCAAGAAAUCUCAAGCUGGUGCUGGCGUUGCUGUGAAGAUCGAACAUGCUGUCUACGAGUCUGGAAAAAUGUUUGGCCGACACUUCGAUGAAAAGGAUGAACUUUUCAGCCACAUCACAAGACAGAGCAUUGAUGUUCUCAAGACAUCCUUUAAGGCUGAUGUCUCCAUUGAGGAAUGGCUCCUCAUCAAGGCUCUCAAACCCUGUAUUUAUACCAUCUCGCUCGUAGUUUUAUCCUCGUUAUCUUCCAGUUCAUCUGCCACGAUGUCCCACCAUUCCAGCAUUGGAGCACAGAAGACGAACGAUGUCGCUGUUGAUGGCGAAAGUGGAUCUAUCGCAGACAAAGACGCCCUGCAGAUGGAAAAACUCGGCUAUAAACAGCAAUUGCAUCGCAGCUGGCACUUGAUUGAGAGCUUUGCAGCAAGUUUUGUUGCCCUAAACUUUAUCGGGGGCGUCAGAUCUUUUCUCUUCCUUGGACUCCUUGCAGGAGGACCCGCAGCGAUAUGGUCGUCAUACCUUAUUACGAUGGUCUUCAUGUUCAUGACAGCUGCUGUUCUCGCCGAGAUCUGCUCUGCGUUACCAUUAAGCGGCUCUAUCUACAUAUGGGCCGCAGAAAGUGCUGGUCCCAAACAUGCCAGAUUCGUCGGCUUCCUCGUUGCUUGGUGGGCAUGUACCGCAUGGAUGACCUUUACCGCGAGCAACUGCCAAACCACAGCCAAUUAUAUCGUUUCUCAACUUGCUGUUUGGGAGAUCGACUUCCCUGGAGGUGUUGGAAAUGACAAUAUCCGGUGGCGGGCUCUCAUCUGGGCAAUAUCCGAAGGAAUGCUGUUGUUGUCAGUGGCUAUCAACUACCUUCCGCCCAAAUUAUAUUCUGGUGUCUUCAAAUUUUCUCUCGGCCUCAUGAUGCUCGACUUUUUCCUGUGUCUCAUCUGGUUGCCCAUUGGUGUUUCGAACACGUAUGGUUUCCGGUCCGCCAAUGAUGUCUUCACGAUGACCUAUAACGGCACGGGAGCCCCAGCUGGGUGGAACUGGCUCUUAUCUUUGUUAUUCACGGCGGGGACGCUGACAGGCUUUGAUGCCUCAGGGCACAUCGCUGAGGAGACCAAGAAUGCUAGUGUGGUUGCAGCCAAAGGAAUUUUAUGGAGCGCAAUUGCAACCGGUGUUUUGGGCUUCAUCACGACCAUUCUAUUUUUGUUCUGUACACCAGACCUCGACACUAUGUUCGCCCUCGAUGCGCCACAGCCAUUCGUCCAGAUAUACGCGCUCGCUCUUGGAAAGAAGGCCAGCAUCAUUAUGACUGUAAUUGCGGUCAUUGGCCUCAUCAUGAACACAACUGUCGCUAUUGUCGCGUCCUCACGCCUUGUGUUCGCAGUCGCAAGAGAUGGAGUCUUACCAAUGUCCCGAUGGAUCGGCACUAUCGACUCCAAGGGACAACCUCGCAAUGCAGUGACCGUCAUCUACAUCUUUGCAGCCAUUCUUCUCUGCACAAUCCUUCCCAGUCAGGUGGCAUUCACAUCGUUGGUCUCGGCGGGGGCCGUCCCGACCAUUGCAGCAUAUGGCCUUAUCGCUUUGCUGCGCUUGACGAUGACACCUGAUCGUUUCCAGUCUUCUCAUUUCAGGCUGGGAAAAUAUGCUAAGCCAUUCUAUAUUUGCGCCGUCUUAUUUAACGCGCUGGUAUUUGCGGUGCGCUACUUCCACUCAAUGACACCUGACUUGAACUGA